AAUGAUUCAAGCGUCUGAAGAACAUAUUGGAUAGGUAGCAGAUUUAUAAUUGAUCAAUAAAAACAUGUUGUAGGAAACCUUUUUAAAGAAGAUGCGAAAAAGAGAAAACCUCAAAUAAAAUUAUACUGAAAGAAGAAAAAGUACAAAUCACUUAAAUAAUUUUCUCUUAGAAAUUAAAUUACAAUAACAUUCAAGUCCUAAAUUUGAAGAUUUGAUUUGUCCAAUUUGUCUGGAAAUCUUUCAAAAAGUUACAACUACAUAAUGCGGCCAUGCAUUUUGUGAGAUGUGCAUAUUUGAUAGUCUAAUGAGGAAAGCAGUAUAUAGUUAUUUUAAUAACAGGAAUGUCCUGUUUGUCGAGUGAAAAUUAAAACACACUCAUUCCAAUAUUGCGAAAGUUUUGAUAAUAGAAUCGUCGAUUUAGUUAAUUAAUAUGGAGAUAGAGCAUAAAUAGAGCAUUUUAAAAACAGACAUUAGGAGAUGGAAUAAUGGAAUAAAUCUAAAUUGUAUUCAAAUAUUUCUACAUUAGAGUAGAUAAUUUGGCAAUAAACUAAAAAGUUGAUAUAAUGGAUUAAUAAUUUAUAUGGUGCGUAGCAACAAUAUAAUAAAUUGGUAAAAAGGAACUAUUUGUUCACUAUGAAGGAUGGGGAAAGGAGUAUGACGAGUUCAUUCCAUUGCAAUCAAAUAGAAUUGCUCCAUUGGGACUAUAUACAAGUAGAGAAGAUAUACCGAAAUACUAACCUGAACAAAGACAAUUUGCAGAAAUCCUAGAACUUAUUAACCAACAUGGAGAACUCUCAACAUAAAAUAUACUGCCUGAUUGAUUAGAUAAUGUAUUUUUGCUAUUAAUUAA